AUGAAGCUCCUCUUUCCAGUCGCGCAUGGGACUGCUCGGACAGGACUCGGAGAACUACUAUGCAUUAAGAACUAUACACCCCGGUUCCUGGGAACAUCUCCUUCCCUCCGAAUCUCUCCGCCUGUACCAUAUACCCAAACCCAAUACCGAUCACGAUGCGAUCAACGACGAUAUACCAGCAAUGCUACAGCCCCUUCAAAGGAAAAUGAUUGCACAGGGAAGACCAAUACCCCAUCCCAUGCAGGAAACGUACCGCAACCACCAGCACUCUCGACAUCUAUAUCUGACCAAGUCCGCCUCCUCAUGCGUCGAGUUCCAUACCCUGUCGCAAUCAUAACAGCGACCGAUCCCUCCGGUCCAGAAGACACAACCUCCUUCCGCGGUAUGACCGUCUCCUCCUUCUGCACCGUCACUCUCACCCCACACCCUGUGAUCUCUUUUAAUGUGCGCCGCCCAUCGGAGACAUUGAAUGCGCUACUUGCUUCGGGCCGGUUUCUGGUUCAUUUGCUUGCACCAGGCCAGGCAACUGCUACUCUAGCUAGGGAUUUCUCUAAGGGAAAUGUCACCCUCGCUGCUAUGUUGAAGGGACAUGGAGAGUUUGAGUUCGCGGCUUUGCCUACUGAGAACGAAGAGGGACAUCCUCAGAGACCGCUUCCUAUCCUUCAGCGGAGGGCGGAAGCAGUUGCUACGAAUGAUAGGGUUGACUUUCCUAUCGUUUUUGAAUGUACUCUACAUCCGCAUAGGAUUGAUGUGCAUGAUCACUCAAUUGUGCUUGGUACUGUUGUCCGGGCAAUUGAGGGCUCUGGGUCUGUUUCGGCGCAGGGACAGGAUGACAAGGUCUUGGAUGAACAUUCACCCGAGCGGCUUUGCUUAGCAUAUGCAAAUACCAAGUUUUGGAAGAUGGGAGGCGAGCUUUGA